CGCGGCCUGUCCCCGCCCCGCCCAGGCGCCUGCACCGGCGGUAGGGCCUAGUCGCCAUGAGCGGGGCGCGGGUCGGGUUGGGCCCGUUGGGCGCGCUGGGCCCGUGGCUGCGGGCGGCGCGGCCGGGAUGGCUGUGGGCAGGUGCGGCCUGGGCGCUGGCGCUGGGCGCCCUGCUGGGCGCAUGGCGCUGGGCCGGCGGGCGGAGGCGGGCGGCGCGCCGCCUGCAGCGGGUCGGGACGGUGCUGCGCCUCGUCGUGUACCCAGUGAAGUCGUGCAAGGGGGUGGAAGUGUCGCGGGCGCAGGUGACGCCGAUGGGGCUGCGGAGCGGGGAGCUGCGGGACAGGUUUUGGCUUGUGACCAAGGAAGAUGGGCACAUGGUUACAGCUCGCCAGGAGCCACGGCUGGUCCUUAUAUCUGUCGGGUCUGAGAACGGACACUUGACUUUGGAGGCACCAGAAAUGAAGAGGCUGUGCUUGCCCAUAAAGCUUCCCAGGAAGAAUCCCGUGCUGAACUGCAGGGUGUUUGGGCUGGAUAUCCAAGGCAGGGACUGUGGAGAUGAAGUGGCCCAUUGGAUCACCACUUUCCUGAAUUCGGGGCCAUAUCGACUGGUGCACUUUGAAUCCUCCAUGGUGCCAAGAAAGUCAAAGGACAUAAUGAAUGUUUUCCGAACCACAGAUGAGGUUGCCUAUCCUGAUUGUAGCCCAGUCUUGAUGCUUUCAGAAGCUUCACUGGAAGAUUUAAAUAGAAAGCUGGAGAAGAAAGUUAAGAUGGAGAACUUCAGGCCAAAUAUUCUCGUGACAGAUUGCAGUGCUUUUGAGGAGGACACCUGGGAGGACAUUAUUAUUGGCAACGUGGAGAUGAAAGGAACAAUGUGUUGUAGCAGGUGUAUUUUAACAACUGUUGACCCAGACACUGGAGCCCUGGACAGGAAGGAGCCCCUGGAAACAUUGAAAAGUUACCGCUUGUGUGAUCCGUCCGAGCGACAUUUACACAAAUCCAGCCCUCUCUUUGGAAAAUACUUCGCUGUUGACAGAACUGGAGUAAUUCAAGUUGGAGAUCCUGUGUACAAGAUGGUUGAGUAAGGAGAGAGAUCGUGAUCAGAGGAUGCCUUUUCACUUUCACGGGCAAACUGUUUUCCCACGAGCAUAGUCACCAGCAUAACUUUUUCUUGUUCCUGGCAAUAUCUCUUGUGCUAUGUUCCUUUGUAAGGUGCAGGGGGUCUUUGAGGCUAUGAAGUGCCACUCACUUCAGAUCAUGUUAUCUGCUAGCAUGGCUGUAGCAAACGUCUUUAGAUUUUUCUGGGGGCUGUAAUAGAAGAAACUCUAAUCCAAGACAGACUUCACAGCACUGCUGUGAGCAUCACACCUCCUAAAAUUUUAUGUCAAACUCGCUAUCGGGAUCCAAAAUUAUGUACAUGAGCUUUGCAUCGCAUAUCAGUGCCUAUAAAAACCACAAAACCUGUCAUGCCAAGUGUAAAGUGAAUAUGUUGGUCACAGAACUGCCUUUACAAGUGAACAUGGAGAGCAGAUGGCAAGUCACUGUCUUAGAUUCCACCCUUCUUGGUCCUAGUCAUCUUACGCUAUCAAUAACUGGAGAUCCUUUUUCGCAAUGAUACUUACAAUGCAGUCCUUUCCUGAAGAAAAUUACUGUCUUUCAAGAUGGGAGCAAUAUCAGAAGGAGAAGGAUUGUGAGCUGGCGAAAUGCUGCUCUAGUCUGGAGGUGGAAACACUGGCUGACAAUCUGGGAGACUGGGGGUUUAUUUAAUUUGUGACUUCUGCUUGAUAGAGUUUGAACCAUCAGGCUUUUUUUUCCUCUGAAGCAUACUGUCACACCAGUCCUGUAGGGCAGUGAUUAGUUUGCUGCUGUAUCAGUAGAACUUCCAAUUUGACUAAAAGAACUAGGUGUUUGCUGGAUCAGAGACCUUAUGCACGUUAGACGGGAGGAAAAGCUCUUGAGUGAUGUAAUUCUAAGCCUGCACAUUCAAGCUGAUGUCCAGGCCAAUACUGUAGGCUCUUGUGUUUGUACAUAGUUCCUCUCUAGCUCCAAGCAAAUGUUUGGCAAGCUGCGGUUUUGGACUGAGCAUGUUAUGUUGUGUUAUGUUAUUACUGAUUAUGCAUUUAGAUCUCUGGUUGCCCCCUACCUCUAACCAAAGGUUCUGCCAUUUGCUGGUAGUUAGAUUUUCUGCCAUAUUUUGUGCUGCAUAGAGCAGAUAGGGGAAGAACCUAGUUGGAUUAUGGCAGUAGUGCCUUUUCUUUAAAUAUUACGUGAUUUUCUUUUAAAAAAAAAAGUGGACUCUAAGGCAGAGCCAGCCAUCUUUCCAAUGCUUGUCUGCAUACUGCUUUGUUCUGGAUUACUAGAUCUAGAAAGAGUGUUGAUCUAGGCAAAAAAAGGGAAUCCAAUUAAGUGUGAAGAAGAACAAAUACGACACAAUCUGGUGUUGAGAUUCUUUGCUUUCUGUUGUGAAUGCGAAACUGGUAUUUUUGCCCCGUGUUUACAGCUCAGAUCUGUAAAAUGGAGAGCCACUGUGUCUUUGAGCCAGUUCAGGCAUACGUGGCAAGCCUGAAGCAACCAUAUGGGGAAAGUAGUUUUCUUCUGUUUGUGAACUAUUGAGUUGCCGUGAAUAUCCUUCUGUCAGCAGAGUGCUGUGUAAGUGUUAAAGUUUUCCUAUGACAAACAAGUGCCCAGGUCAGACUGCACGUUGCAAUGUUUGGGUGUUGCUAUGCCUGAUGCAGCAAUUAGUGGGAGGAAGUGAGACAAAAAGCAUCUUUUGGAAAGGAAAAUAAUCCUGAGAUUCCUUUUUAAGAAGCAUAUGUUGAAGGUCCUUGGUAUCAGGAGCUGAAACCUUGUGGGAUUCCUAAUGGUAUGAUUAAUCAAAGACAGCCUGCAGCAAAGCCAUCAAGUUACGUGUGUGUCCAUUCAGUCAAAGAAGCCGAAGGAAAAAGAGAUGAGUUUUUGGCUCUAGCUAAACAUAUUUUUUUCACUGUUGUUUUACCACCACAUUAGGCUUUAUGUAACACAAAUCGUGUGGUAUAAAUCAUCUUGCCUUUUAUUAGAGUAUCAUUGAUUGGGCUGAUUUGGAAAUGAGGCUGUCUCCAAUGAGAAACUACAUCUGCAUUCCUGUUAAGAAAAUGCUAUAGAUCUGAACCUCAGAUUUAUCCCUGUAAAAGCCACUUAGAAAAAUUUGGCAAGAGUCCUUAAUCAGGUGUGCGUCUGAGUACAACACGUUUCACUAAUGACACUUAAAUCAGUUAGGAGAUGAGAGAAAGCCAUUCUGGGAAGUGGAGAAGAUAACUUACAAACAUUGCAAUAUAAAUAUCUUCAUAUAAAUGUUGAACUGCUGUAACUGUAGGAAUUGUAUUUGAUCUUGCUAAAGCCAUUUAGGAAAUUGACUGAAAACAUGUCAAUAACAAAUCACUGGUUUUAAAAUUGUGUACCUAAAAAUGUUAAUUGCUUUUUUAAAUCUAAGAAAAUAGAAAUACAAGCUUCUGUUGAAUCCAAA